CGCCAAAUUCGGCGCGCCAACCGAUAUUCUCUCUCAACCCUUCCUUCAUCCAAAAUCCCAAAUAUGCAGACCGUCAAACGGCUCCCCCGUUCCGCCCCGCCUUCGCGCCUCGACAUGAACGACCUCCCUCAAGACCUCAUCGCCAACGUCCUCUCCUUCACGGGUCCGCGCGAAUCCUGCCGCCUCGCCCUCGUCUCCGCCACUUUCUGGUCCGCUUCCCUCUCCGACACCGUCUGGGACCGAUUUCUCCCCCCGGACAUCCUCUCCAUUCUCUCCCGAACCACCAACGCCUCCGAUCCCGACUUCGCCUCCAACAAGAAGGAUCUCUUCCUCCGUCUAUGCGAACGCCCCAUCCUCAUCGAUGGCGGCCGGAAGAGCUUCUCGCUGGACAAACGAACCGGGAAGAAAUGCUACAUGAUCUCCUCCAGGGACCUCCACAUUAUAUGGGGAGAUACCCCUCGAUACUGGAAAUGGGUUCCCGACCCCGAUUCCAGAUUUGGGCAAGUUGCUGAGCUGGUUGGGGUAUGCUGGCUGGAAUUGAAGGGCACAAUUCCAACAACGAUGCUGUCGCCAUCGACAUUGUACACCGCUUAUCUUGUGUUCAGGUCGCCCCAGGGGGGCUACGGGUUCGACUACCAGCCCGUCGAGGUCUCGGUAGGGCUGUCGGGCAGUGAGAAGAUGACCCGAUCGGUUUACCUUGAUGCGGGGAUGGUGAAGAGGAAGAGGCUCCAGCAGGUAGUGCCCCUUGUGGGUGAUACAAGGCGGUUGGGUGGGUUCAGGCGGUUCAGCCCGGGUCGCAGCCGUGUGAUAAUGGGAUUCCAUUCCCCUGCUCCAGCGGCUUAUGAGGAGAUCGACCACGGCGAUGGCGGUGCUGCUGCUGCUGCUGCUGCUGCUGCGGUGGAGCGAGGCAACGGCGUGUAUCCUAAGGAGAGGGGGGAUGGGUGGUAUGAGGUUGAGCUGGGUGACUUCUUCACCAAGGAAGGGGUGGAAGAAGGGCAGUUGGAGAUGUACCUUGCUGAGGUGAAAGGAGGGAAUUGGAAAGGAGGGAUUUUUGUUGAAGGGAUUGAGAUCAGACCUAAAGAGGCUAAAUAGUUUCAUCCUUUCGUUGAGCAGAAAUUUUUUUAGGAAAAAAGAGAGACUUCAUUUGGCUGCUUUGCUUCUUCUCUUUGCAUUUUUUAUGUUUUUAAUAAGCAUUUUAGAAGAUCAAGAUUUGUUUCUUCCCUUAGCAAAAGUGUUGCUAUUUAUCUUCUGUUUCAAGAUAGGAAAGAAAUGGGAGCCAAAUGGGGUUCUUUUCUUUGAUCUUCUUUCCGAGUUGUUUUGCAUUUCAUGUCCUAUUGUUUUCUUUGUUUGGUAUGUAUGAUACUCGUAAAUGUAAGGAAAGAGCUAUACAGCUUCGGUUUCUGGAGUUUCUGUAAUGUUGUCUCUGUCAGUAAGAUUCACAUUCACACUGUACUUAGCCAGAGAUGCAUGUUCUUCGUUGAAUCCCUUGUGGAUUGUCCCUCAUAAAAGACCAUAAGUAAU